AUGCACCAUCACCAGCCAAAGGUAGCCCUUAUUGCCGUCCAACUGCAAAGACUGCAUCGAGACUCCUCUACAACCUCCUCUUCCUCUUCCCCCGCCUUGACAACCUCCCAAGCUCAGAUUUUAAUUAUUUGGGCAGUUGGCAGAAAUAUCUUUCCGCCUCACAACGACAACGUUGUCAGCUCAUGCCGACGACGAAAACGACAGCGUCGGUUUUCCUUCUGCAAUCUAGGGGCUCUCGCAACUGCUUCACUAAUGUUGCGCCAUUCUCACAAGCCAAAAUCCUCAAAAUCCCUCGUUGUGUUCAUAAUUCUACUUUGUCUUGUCUCCAAGGUCACCUGUCUGAAGGAGGAGAGGUCAAAGAGUUCCGACGGAAAUGUUCCUGCAGAGGAUACUGAAAACCUCAUUUUCGAUAAGACGAUGGGUUUUUGCCUUGAUGCAGAAGGCGAGAGGCAUGGAUUAUUCUCCAGCUGGCGGGAAAGUUCCACAGGGUGCCAAUGCUCCUGCCAGUCCGUUGGCAAUGUCCUUGUCAGCCUCUGUGACGAAAACUGUGAGAACAACCUCACUGAGGAUACGGAGGAAGGCCAAAGUUCAUUGUCACAGAGCGACGAACCCUUCGCAUCACUGGUCUACAGAGGUAUUCCCAAACGAAAUGCCAAUGUUAAACCAAAAGCCGAAAAAUUGCCGGAAAGGAGCUGUCGAGACGAGAACUCAGGGAACCGUUACCUCGACGGUCAGUCGUGGAUGUCGAGUGGGCGCGCCUGCGCCAAAUGCUAUUGCACCAAUGGCACCGCGGACUGCGAGAGCAGCGUCCUUCACUGUCAGUCCUCCUGUCUGCCCGGUCAAAAGCUUGUCAGCACGGGACCCUGCUGCGAGCACAAGUGUAUCGGCGAGCCCAUAGUCUCAAGGACAGGAGCGUCAUCGACUGAAUCGUGCACAGCGCCGACAGGCCAACACGGUGAGGUGGCGUUGAGACAGCAGCAGUGUGUUGAUCAGCGGUGCCAGUGCAUCAACGGUAACUGGUUCUGCAUUGACACCUGCACACCUGUGGAAGAACUCCAGUGCCCUCCCGACGAGCGCAUCUUCUGGGACCCCUUUUGCUGCCCCCGAUGUAAAGGCACAAAAAAGUGCUCAGUGGCGGUAGCAACAAUCAACUGGUUGGAGGAAGCGCCGAUGCACAAGGGCCUGCCACGCUUUGUCAGCAUCUUCACACCCGAGGGCGAGAAGGAGGUGCUGAGCGCGGCCUCCUUGGUAGCUUCACAGACUGCACCGGCAACGGGAGUGGCAGAGGGGAUAGGUGCCGAAAAGACCUCCCUUAUCACGGUGGAGCCCGCUCAACAUCUCGUUACUCACGCUGGCCGCUGUGUCUGCACCGACGGGGAACUCAGAUGUUCUCGGCCCGCUCAUUUUGACUUUUACAACUCGGUUUUUCCAUUCAUUUUAAAGUCCGUUUGA